CUGCUUGUCAGCGAAGAGCGGGGCUGCGGAAGAGGCCUGACCGGGCAGGGCUAGGGUCCCGGUGCCUGCCGGGGCUUGUGGUUGCGGAGGCCCGGUGUCCGCCGCUGGGCCCGGGAAGAUGGUGCUGGGCGGCUGCCCGGUGAGUUACUUACUUCUCUGCGGCCAGGCGGCCUUGCUGCUGGGGAAUCUGCUUCUGCUGCAUUGUGUCUCUCGGAGCCACUCGUUCAACGCUACAGCGGAGCCCGAGCUCACGUCCUCUGGCGCCGCCCACCCGGAGGUCUCCGCCGGCGCUCCGAGCUGGGAAUAUGGCGACCCCACCUCUCCGGUCAUCCUGUGCUCUUUCCUACCUGAUGAAUUCAUAGAAUGUGAAGACCCAGUGGAUCAUGUUGGAAAUGCAAGUGCAUCCCAGGAACUUGGUUAUGGUUGUCUCAAGUUUGGUGGGCAGGCCUACAGUGAUGUGGAACAUACAUCAGUCCAGUGCAGGGCCCUGGAUGGAAUUGAGUGUGCCAGUCCUAGGACCUUCCUACGAGAGAAUAAACCUUGUAUAAAGUAUACCGGACACUAUUUCAUAACUACUUUGCUCUACUCUUUCUUCCUGGGAUGUUUUGGAGUGGAUCGUUUCUGUCUGGGACACACUGGCACGGCAGUAGGGAAGCUAUUGACACUUGGAGGACUUGGGAUUUGGUGGUUUGUUGACCUUAUAUUACUUAUUACUGGAGGGCUGAUGCCAAGUGAUGGCAGCAAUUGGUGCACUGUUUACUAAAAAGCGCUGCGGUUAUGGCCCAGAGAGGCCAGUCUUCGGAAUUCAUCUCUACAGGCUCAACACUCUUCCUUCUUAUCAGACCUGACCAUUGCCCUCUUUGGAGGGAAUGGAAUUGGUUAGGAAGAUUUCUUUGGACUGUGGAUUUGCAACCCAAAUGUUACCUUGCUGACUAGAAAUGGCAAGCAAACACUGUUGUGGGAACCAAGUUUAUACCUUUUCUCAUGUACAAAAUAUAAAUCUAGCAACUAAUUUAUAAGCUGCAGAAGGGUUUCUAUACUCUUUACUUCUGCACAUGGCUAUAUCUUCAAUCCUUUGGAGCAAGUGGACCCAACAGGAUGAGCGAAGUGAAUAUUGUUAGCUUUGUGCCUUUUGUGACCCCGAGUCUCAUGCACAAGAGGACUGAAGCAGAACCAAUGGAAAGCUUCAGCAAAAGUAGAAAUGGCCAUGAAUUUUAAUACACACUCAAAUUCCGAAUUUAAACUGCAGAAUAAAUUUUGCCAACCUGGAACACUGUUUGGAUAUUCUCAGUAGGUAGAGUGAAACUCAAAAUUAUAUUUGUUUCCCUAAAAACUGGGUGGUUGAAGUAAACUAUCCUAUUAAUAAACCCUAUUGUUUCGCCAUUAUUAUGCUGAAGAGGCAAUAUAUACAAAGAAAUGUAUACAUGAAGAUGUUUUUUUCAUUCCAAUUAUGGCUUGAAAGCCAACAGUAUUUAAGAUCUGUCUGGGUAGGUCUGUCCUCUUGGCAGAAUUUUCCUGUCUCAAAGUAGUAUUUAGCCUAAUCAAUGUGGCUCAGUGUGAGCAUCGACCCAUGAACCAGGAGGUCACGGUUUGAUUCCUAGUCAGGGCACAUGCCUAGGUUGCGAGCUUGAUCCCCAGCAUGGGGCAUGCAGAAGGUAGCUGAUUGAUGAUUCUUUAUCAUCAUUGCUGUUUCUAUCUCUCCCUCUCCCUUCCUCUCUGAAACCAAUAACAAAUAAAAUAAAAAGUAGUAUUUACCAAUUUAGAGAGCCCAUGUUGUAGGCUGGUAAAAAAGAUUUCAAAUGACUAUAAAACUGUUCUUCACAAUUAUAUAAGAUAAGGUGGGGAGCAUUGUGCUCUUGGAAAGAAAAACAGACUCUUAAAGGAUAUUAUUACUGAGUACCAGGUGGAUUUAGGAUGUGAUUUGUGGGGAGAUAGAGAAACAGUGCAAUAAGCUUGGUACCAGAAGUUCUCACUGUGGGUUACAGAGUCAGCCAUAGAGAAAGAGCCACAGCCAAGCUUUCGCAUUCCCAGUUCACUGGGAAUAAACGAAAUGCUUUGAAUAAUAAGUGGUUUUAAAAACUUAGUGCCCAUCCUUUUCAAUCUAAGUUGUAAAGAACUGUUAAAUACAAAGUAAAGGGGGGAUUUUAUGGAUAAGUCAAAUUAAGAUCCUGUUAUUUGGAAUAAGUUAUAAAUUCUAGAAACAAUCAAGGUAGAAUUGCUCAAAGUUUAGUUUCAUAAUAAUUGACCUAAAGACCAAGAAUCACAGGUAACUGGCUGGUGUGGCUCAGUGGUUGAGUGUCAACCAAUGAACCAGAAGGUCAUGGUUCGAUUCCCAGUCAGGGCAUAAUAAAAGAACAUAUUUU